CACGCAUCCGACAGCGUUGGGUGGCCACCCUGGCCACCCAUAAUCCCCGGCAUAUCCUAGGGGGGAUGGCAUACUGGUGAUUGGGUGAGGAGGGAUGUCUCCAUUCCACCAAGCGCUUGGCGGCGGCAUCACUGGCACGACCCCACACUGGACAGAUUGAAUGCCCGGUCCAGUGUUGAGCCCUGGAUUCAUGGGGUGGAUUUGUGAUGGAUAUGGAGCGCAGGGUUGGGGAUGACUGCAAAUGGCGUUUCUGAUCUCUUCGCGGGUUUUGGGGCCACGAUUGCGACGGUAUGAUACUCUGAAUACGCCUUUUUGUUUUGUUCGAUAUCCCUGCAACCUUGAUGAGCCAGGUGCGGACACAUCCCGAUUCUGGAGGGAGGUGUCCAAGAUGCAGGGCGUAGGUGCAGCGCAUUGUGCGUGUGCGUAAGCGGAGUACAUCUCUAGGCCCUGGUUUGAUUUUGGAUAAAGGA